AUGCCUUCGCCCUUACCUUUUGUGGGUGAUGGAACCCUUCCCACAGACAAGCAAACCAUCAGUGACUUCAAAGAAGUCAACUUAUUCUUGCAAGACAGUGUUGGUCCUGACAGCAACAUUGGAUAUGAUGAUGAGAGUGUAGGUAUGGAUGAUGGAAAGGAGGGGGAUGAGUUUGAAGGUGGUGCAAUCCGACCAGAUACCAGGAAGGCUAAGGCAGUUCGUUCCAACCACAUUACCACUGAUGCCCUCAUUGGAGCCCUUGCCACUCCUCGCAUAGAUGCUGCCUCCCCUUCUCUCAUUGUUGGCACAUGGGUUAAGGAGAUUCUAGCGAUACAGUGUCAAAGCCUCAUCAACACCUACAAGGAGCGCUCUAGCAUUCGUCAGUUGCCCAAUGCCCCUGCCCAGACUACCUUCAAUCAUUGGAACGCAAUUGGAUGCAAGUUCAUAUCGCUUGCCACUGGUGGAUCUAUCUACAUCUUGGUUCUGAUCGCAGGCCUCGACAUGCAGUGGAAAAUCGCAACACUGGGAGGUUGUGUUCCAUGGGAAGUUGGAAAGAUGCUGAGACAGCCAGAAACAUGCAAAACGCCCAUGUUGAUUCUUGAGCGCAUAAUCCCUGCAAUUGCUUGGAUCAGAUCUCAUCUGCCUCUGUCCCUUGAAAAAGUGUUCUGUCCUUUGCUCCUGGCCAGCGUUGGGUUAGAUGAGACCCUAGAUUGUACCAACCUAUCAUUCACCAACAAAGUUUUGGAUGCUUUCAAGCAAAACAAUUAUGUUCUUCCUUCUCAACAUAUUGACUCCUGGAUGGACUGCACUACUGCAGUAUUGGAGGCAAUGAUUGUUAUCAGAGGUGAUGGUCAAAUUAGCAUGGAUCAUAGGGUCAACCCCGGUUACUCGUAUUACACCAUUCAUGCUGUGGAUCAAGCCCUUCACAGGAUACCAGGGGUUACUGUCAUCCGGAUGACCUUUGACCAUGAUCAUCCUGACAACUGCAAGUUCCCUGCUGAGACUGAUCAAAAGGAGAACAUCUUCUGGACCAAACAGGAGCGAGCAAGGGCAGAAGCUGGCGAAGUCAUCCAAGAUCUUGAUGAUCUGUGCGAUAAGUUGGACCAAAGAUAUGCUAAUGGCAGCAGUGAGGACACAGACACCUAUUUGCGCAUCCCUAUGGAUGCGUUCGAAGGAAACAAGGUCUUGCGCAUGCGCAAAUUGAAGGACGACUUUGAAGCAGAUGACUGCCAAGAUCAGGACAAGCAAAUCGAGCAUUGUGAUGGUGUUACCUUGAAGAAGGUGGCGGAGAAGGUUCUUGAAAGUCCAUUUCAUUGCCUGCACUUUUCUAUUUGGAAUCGCUAUGUUACAAAGGGUGAUCAAGCUCCCACUGAUAUUCAUCCUCACUAUAUGAGAACAGAGGAUGUUAGUCAGACAAACCAUGCCCAAACUUUACCCUACCAGUCAAGAGAUAUUCUGGAGCACCAACAACUGUACAAAAACAUUCUCCUGGCGUUUGGUGAGGUUUUUGAAUGGAUUGAUGAAGUGAUCAAGGAAUGCUUGCAUACAGAGUACAAGGUCCUGGUUGAACUUGCUCAAGAUCUACCAGGUGGUAAAGUAUCACCAGUGACACUGUUUCUCUCGCUUGUUGUCAACCUGAAUGUAUCUACCUUGGGUCAUCGUGAUAGGUUUGACAAGGACUUUUGUCUUGUCCUUCCAUUGGGCGACUUCAGGGGUGGGGCUUUGGUUAUGUUCGAGCAGCGAUUGGUUUUGGAACUUUGCAGUGGUGACUUUGCUAUGUUCCAUUCUGGUGAAACAAUGCACUUUAACUUACCAUACAAGGGUAAGCGUGCCUCCUUUGUGUUGCAUACGGAUAAAAGCAUUGACACUUGGAAGGACACACACAAUGGCUGGGCACCUAAUGAUCAUUUCCAUUGA